AUGAUUCUCAACGCUGGGAUCUUAGGCGACAGCGCCUGGAAUUAUCUCCCCUUUACUGUUGUCAUACUGGCAUGGGUUGGCUUUUUAGCUAUUCUUGUCGCCUAUCGAAUUCUUUUCCACCCACUUGCGGCCGUUCCGGGACCUUGGCCAGCAAAGGUGACCGGACUCUACCGCACAUACCUUUAUUGGAGAGGUACAUUCCAUGAGGAUAUCGUAAACCUUCACAAGAAAUACGGAAAGGUGGUCCGUAUCAAUGCCGAUGAAGUUUCUACCGUCGACGCCGUUUCCCUCAAGCAGAUAUAUGGCUUCGGAAACAACAAUGCUCGGAAGCAUCAGUUCUACGAUGCAUUUCGGCUCGACUUGCCUGACGCUUUCAAUGAGAUUGACCCAGCGAACCAUGCUCUCAUUCGAAAGCGUUCCUCAAACGCCUACGCAAUGUCCUCCAUCAUCGCCUACGAACCUUAUAUGUAA